CCUCUCUCGCACUUCCGGGAAAACAGACGGCGCCGGAAGGUGUCGUUCGCAGAUAUGGCGUUGCUAGUGAGGGAUCCGUUCACUUCUCGAGUACAGCUGGUACCGUGGUCGGCCGAAGGUGAUUCGGUGCGGGUGUUGCUUCGUGCCAGAUGCCAGGCACAGGGCCUUCCUGAAGAUCACUUCUAUGUUAAGUGUAAUGGUCGAUGUAUUAAUCUUGAAGACGUGCUACAUGAUGGAGUUGUCUACAGCCUGGAGCCAAGACUGUCUGGUGGAAAGGGAGGUUUUGGAUCUAUGCUCCGAGCACUUGGUGCUCAAAUUGAGAAGACAACCAACCGAGAAGCUUGCAGAGAUCUUAGUGGAAGAAGACUUCGAGAUGUUAACCAUGAAAAAGCAAUGGCUGAAUGGGUGAAGCAGCAAGCAGAGCGCGAAUCAGACAAGGAGCAAAGACGUUUGGAAAGGCUGAAGCGCAAACUUGCUGAACCAAAGCACUUUUUCACUAACCCAGACUAUCAGCAGCAAUGUCAUGAGAUGGCAGAGAGGCUAGAGGACUCUGUCCUCAAAGGCAUGCAAGCUUCUUCUAGCACAAUGGUGUCACCAGAAAGCAGUGAGAGUCGGAAGCGGCCAAAUGAAUCUGAAAAGGGAGCAACGUCUGAGAAGAAAAGGUGUCUCUGGUUGGGGGUUGAAGGAUUGGAGGAUACUGACAGUUCACAUGACAGCAGUGACAGUGAAGCCGAUGAAUCCCCUAGUACAUCAGGAAGUUGCACAGCAUCAACUACCAAUUAUGUGAAGAUGGCUGAAAGUACAGUACAGUGGCCCAGCAGCUCAGAAGAUUGUGUAAGCUGUAGUUCAGCCUCUGAUACAGCUGAGAAGUCACAAUAUCAAAUGGAGGAUUCUGGAAGAGAUCCACCUGCUGAUGAAACUGCAGCCAGUGAGAAACAUGAAGCAGCCAAGACCCUGAAGGAUGAAGAGCAGGCAGAUGUCUCAAGCACUUUGCAAGCUGUGAGCCAGUUACAGAGUACAGAAUUUGCAACAAUAGAUCUGCUGGAAUUCAACUCUGUUGCUGAAUUGGAAGCUCUCGGGCUGGACAAACUGAAACUUGAACUAACAGCUUUGGGACUGAAAUGUGGGGGCACAUUGCAGGAAAGAGCAGCAAGACUCUUCUCAGUGAAAGGUCUCCCUAGAGAUCAGAUUGAUCCUGCUUUGUUUGCAAAGCCUUCAAAAGGAAAAAAGAAGUAACAUAAACUGCAGCUCAGGUUUUUAGACCUAGAAUAUUUCAAGGUUCUUCACAUUCUGAUGUUUUUAUGACCUCUGCCUUUUUUGGAUGAACUUCUGUAUUCUUUAUAUGCAGUUCUUACACAAAUAGCACUUUCUCUGUUGAAAGUGAGGCUAGAAAUCUAUGUAUCUGCAGACUCUUCUCAUCCUUUUAUUUUUGUGGAAACCGUAAACAUUCCCCCUGUGAAGGCCAUAGUAGGAUCCUCUGAUACAUUCAAGCCCAAUUGCUAAAAGUUGUAUGUGGCAAACUUUUAAAAGCUACUGUUGGGGCCGGAGGGAAACAAGUUUGCUAUGUGAAUGACCUUCUUUUAGGAUGGAUUGUAGAAGAAAAUGACCUAUUAUGCUGGAAAAGAAAUGCAAUGCAGUAACAUUCAUAGUUAAUAAAAGCCAAACUGCUGA